CUAAGCAAUGUUAAUUACUGUGUAGUUAGCGCCAAGAACAGGUUGAUCGUACAAAGCUAAUCGAUUCAGAAUUUGCUGCACUACUUCCACCUUAGAUGCUGCGUAUUCCGAUCAAUUGUGAUCAAGCCUUUAUCCGGUCAAGUUGACUAUUCGCGCGCACUUGGUCGUAACUAUGUUACGCGCGAUAUCGGUUCUUCAUAAGUCGUUAAAUCCUGUUACUCCGUUGAAGCAAAGAACUUUUAGCGUUCAAAACAUGAUCAAAUCACCACAAACUGUAGAAGUUCGCAUCCCUGUGCCCUGUGGAACGAUCGCGGCCAAAUGGUGGGGACCAAAGGACGUUCGACCGAUCGUGUCCGUCCACGGCUGGCAAGAUAAUUCCGGAACCUUCGAUCGACUGAUCCCGUUGCUACCCGAUCACAUGAGCUUCCUCGCGAUCGAUCUUCCUGGUCAUGGACUGUCGUCACGGUACCAGGCUGGAACGGCCUAUCAUACGGUGGAUAAUGUGCACGUGCUGGAAAGUAUACGACAACGGUACAAUUGGGAUCAGAUUUCGCUGCUGGGUCAUUCUCGAGGUGCGGUCAUCAACUAUGCAUACUCGGCAUUCUUCCCGGACAAGGUCAACCUGAAUGUGGCUAUUGAUCCUAUAAAACCCUUCAUUGGCUACCCGGCGGAAGUGGCGAUUCGGAUGGCAAAGAGAAUCCCCAAAUUUUUAGAAGCCGAUGCUUACAAUGCCCAAAGUACGGAACCUCCAAGCUACACCUAUGAAGCAUUGAUCGAACAUCUUCACAUCGGAACGGGCAAAUCGGUCUCCAAAGAAGCCGCUCCAUACCUUCUGAAGCGAAACAUGGCGGAAUCCAAGUUACAUCCGGGAAAGUACUACUUCACCCGGGACAACCGCCUCAAGCACCUCUUCCAAGUCGGUCUGGGUUGGAGUCCGGAGGUGUGUCUGGAACUGGCCAAGCGGCUCACGAUGCCGCAUUUGUGCUUCAAGAUGAACCGUUCGGACGACUGGGUGUACUAUGGAGGGGACUUUUACCGGGAAUAUUUCAAAGUAGUCGGAAGUGGUAAUGCCGACUUUGAGGGACACUUUCUGGACGGAUCACAUCAUGUGCACCUCAGUGAACCGGAAAAAGUUGCUCCAAUGAUUGCACGGUUCUUGGAAAAGCACUGGAAGAAGCUGCCGACUAGCGAGAUCGUAGGAGAGAAUUCUAAGGAAAUUGUAAUACCAGCUUUUAUAUAAAAAAAAGUUUGUUUUGGUGAGUUUUUUUUAAUACUUUUUGAAUAAAAUAAAGCUCUAACGUAAGAUA